UAUCAACCGAAUAAACGCUAACAAUUAAACAACGAAAUGAGCCGUUCUGUUAUUAUGGUGAGUUUGUGUCUCCUGUUGGGCAUUUUGGCCAUCAUGCUGGCCAGCGUUGAGGCCGCACCCCGUGAAAAACGACAGAUUCUCGGUGCUAUCCUGGACGGCCUUCUGGAUAACGAUGGGUACCAUCACCGCAGGCGCCAUCACCACGAGCACCAUCACCACGACGACUAUUAUGACGAUGGUUACGGAGGACACGGAAGGAAUUACGGCGGCCGACACCACCACCAUCAUCACUCUCAUGAAGUGUAUUAGAAUAAUUAUAAAGUUCACAAUUCCUGCUUUGAUCACAUAUAGUCGUUAAACCUGCAGCAAGUGUAGAGCAGUUGAUUGAUCACCUGUUGAUUUCAGUUGCGACCAACUCGAUUCUCACAUUGAAACUAUGCGAAUAUGUGCGCUCAAAAAAUAAACAAAAAAUGUUAAUGUU